AAUGGUAAGGUUGGUAAACUAAUUACUGCUAAUUAGCAUUUAGCAAUGGUAGUGGAAAAACUCGUGUUGGUGACAAGGCAAGCCAUCGUGCACCACACAUACACCUAACCCACCACCUUCGCCACAUCACAUCCUCACCACAACAUUGUCACAUACACACAUACUCUACUCUUUCUCUCUCUCUCUCUCUCUCUCUCUCUCUCUCUCUCUUAUGUUUUCUGUGGCCACAUGAACUCCAACAACACCACCUCCAAUACUCAGUCAAUGGUGACACCAACGCCAACUGCCACAACCGCCACCACCGCCACUGAUGCCUCUGCCAAGAAGGUCAGAAAGCCUUACACCAUUACCAAGUCCAGAGAGAGCUGGACUGACGAAGAACACGACAAGUUUCUAGAAGCUCUUCAGCUAUUUGACAGAGAUUGGAAGAAAAUUGAAGAUUUUGUAGGAUCCAAAACAGUUAUUCAGAUCCGAAGCCAUGCCCAAAAAUACUUUUUGAAAGUUCAAAAGAAUGGAACAGUAGCACAUGUUCCUCCUCCUCGCCCUAAGCGCAAAGCCGCACAUCCCUACCCACAAAAGGCAUCAAAAAAUGUUUUGAUGGCACUGCCAGCAUCCAUUGCUUAUGCUCCUUCGACAAAUGCCCUUGCACCUGGGUAUGCCACAUGGGAUGAAGCUUCUCUGCUGGUGAACACCGGAUCAAAUAAAUCAUUGACCUGUCAAGAUGAACUCAGCAAUCUUCAUGGAAACGAAGCUGAUAUUGGAUCGAAGGGGAUAACACAGAUUAGUAACAGCAGUCUUAAUGGUGUCGGGAACUCAACUAGAAAGCUAUUGUCUUCUGAGAUACCAAAGCAAGGGAAACCAGCGCCAGUUAUUCAUGGUUUGCCAGAUUUUGCCGAAGUUUACAGCUUCAUUGGAAGUGUUUUUGAUCCUGAUACAAAUAACCAUGUCGAGAAGCUGAAGGAAAUGAAUCCUAUAAAUUUUGAAACUGUUUUGUUGUUAAUGAGAAACCUCACUGUCAACUUGUCUAGCCCUGAAUUUGAGCCGAUGAAUGUAUUAUUGUCAACAUAUGAUAUCAAUACCAUGACAGUAGGAGUUACAGUAGGAGUUACAGCAGGAAUUGAUGUCAAGAAGCAACCGAAUGACCUAUCAUGUCAAACUGUUUAACUAUUAGCAAUUUGUUAAUUUGGUAGGUCAAAUUUGGAAGGAAGACUUGGGAGAAUUUGCUUAGCCAGCAGUGAAUUUUGAUAUUGUUCUUGCUCUAAAGCCUGUAAAUGUAACCUUUGUCCUUUGUAAAACAAUAGCCAGAGAUAGUGUAUCAGUGUAUGUUAGAAAUGCUGAACAGAAUAAUACAUUUUCAGCUUUUUCUAAGGUCCACAGCAAUUGUUGUAUUGCAGUGAUUCUUGUUGCUAUAUUUUUAGAAAUAUUGUCUUCUACUAGUACACAGGGUCAAUAUAUUAAAAUGUUUGUAAUAGUAUAUAUAUCUGUAUGAAAAAAGCAGAGGAAAAAGAGGAAAAAGGAUGCUCUACUUGUCAAUGUUUUUAU